UAAUACUUCCAUGGAUUAAUAGUAUUUCAGUAUUUGUCCUGAUUAUUAUAGUUUUACAGUGACUGGGUAGUUUAGAAUCGAGUUCACGAGUACUAUAUACUAACGAGUUUUCGAUACUAUGGAAGAGGUUGCUGAUGAUUGGCUUCAUUCCAGAUUGUUGAUGUUCAGCAACAAUGUCUAUACAAAACAUUGAGAGCUGAUGUUUCCUUUCCUUUGCAAUGUUUUCCAUAGAGCAUUCAGUUUUAAUCCAUUCUUCUUUUCCUUCCAAGCAUUAAUUCACUUUUCUUUCAAGCUUUUCCUGUUGGCCUUAAUCAAGUCUACCAAGAUAUGCUGCAGUGUCCAGUUCCUUCCUUGGAGAUCUUGGGAAGGUAUUCUCAAUAAUAUAUCUAAUUCUAAAUGAGUAAAAAUAAAAUCUUAUCUAUCUGUGCCUUGUGCUUUGCUCUUUGAAUGUUCUACUUAUCUAUCUUUGUUUUUGCUGUCAUCACUGUUUUUUGAAAAUAAAAUUAUCAACUUUGGUAUCUGUAUCAUUACCUUGUGCUUUGGUCUGUGUUUUUAUUGGAUGCUCAUUUUCUCACAUAAUGCCAAUGACUUGUUCCAAGACAUUGACUUGCAACUCUUUGGCACCAUUUGUUACCCUUGUCAUUUCCUGGCACUUCACUGCAAUUUAAUAGCCAGAAAUUGGCUGCCGCAACAUGCUAAACAAGCUCAAUUCACUCUACAACCAUGAUAUCCCACCCUCUUUACUUCUUCUUCCUUAUCUCUAUACAUUCGACACUCAAAACCACCAGCACCUCCACCGUGGAAGCGUACACUGCCACGGAACUAAUCCUCCUUAGCUGCGGCGCAUCAGCAACCACAAACGACAUCAGCCUCCGGAGCUGGGACACUGAUCAAGGUUCGAAAUACACGCCAUCAAAUGCCCCCUCCAUAUCUUCAUCAUCCGAUGCUUCCACCAUGGAAUCUUCGGUUUUUCCAGUCCCUUACGGGACUGCUCGAGUUUUCCACUCCCCUUUCACAUACACUUUUCCCCUCACUGAAGGCCAGAAAUUCCUCCGCCUUUACUUCUAUCCCAACGUCUACUCGGACAUUGACACUCGUCUAUCUUUAUUCUCUGUCAAUGCAAAUGCCUUCACCCUGUUUACAAACUUCAGUGCUUUCCUUCAUUCUAAGAAUUUAACACGACCUUCUUUUAUGGUGGAAUUCGUUGUUAACAUCGGAGCAACCCAAAAACUCGAUCUAACCUUCACCCCCAAUCCAAACUCCUCUGCUUUUGUAAAUGGAAUCGAGAUUGUGUCGGUCCCAGAUAAACUCUACCUUUCGGAAGAAGGCGUGGAAAUUAGAUUUGUGGACAGGCUGUUUGAUCUCAACAGCGGCACGGCUUUGGAGAAUCUUUACCGGCUGAAUGUGGGUGGCGGCGCUGUAGACAUAGGAGAAGAUAGUGGCCCCACUCGUGGCAUGUUUCGAAGAUGGAGUCCUGAUGAUGACUACAUAUUCCACGGCGAUUAUGGGUUUACGCAGCAUGACGAGGGAGUUGUGAUCAACUACACCAACCGUACUCCUUCCUACACUGCUCCGCCUAAAGUAUACAAAUCUGCUAGAACUAUGACCAACAUCAGCAUAAGUUUAGAGUGGGGAUUUCCAGUUGAUUCUGGAUUCUACUAUCUGCUCCGUUUCCACUUUUGUGAUUUUCGGCACGUAAAGGCAAACGACGUGACGUUUACAGUAAACGUCAAUAAUCAGACGGCAGAUCCUGACGUUGAUGUCAUCUUCAUGGCCGGCGGCCCUGAUAUUCCCAUCUUCAAAGACUACAUAACAUGGGUUCCUGAUGUUGGAAAUCGUGGAAAGCAAGACCUGCGGCUAUCUUUGGUGCCUUGCCUUGUGCCAGGACCAAGAUAUAUUAGCGCUUGGCUGAAUGGCUUGGAAAUUUUCAAACUCAAUGAUUCGGCAGGAAGUUUUGCUGCAUCCAACCCUGAACUCGUUGUCGACUCACCACCGGUGUCGCUAGUGAGGAACCUACCGGCGGCAGCGAAGAAGAAGAAAAUUGGUGUUGUGGUGGGGAGUGUUAUCGGCGUAGUUGUGGCGGUUGCAGCCGUGGCUAUGUUGAUUAUGCGGCGGUGGAAAGUGAAGGACGCAGGCACGAGUGUCACCAACUCAUUGUGGUCGUUGGUGUCACUUUCGACGGAGUCAAGGUCCACUUCUGAUACAUGCAGGUAUUUGUCCAUCGACGAGAUCAAGGCCGCCACCAGCAACUUCGACGACAGCUUCGUCAUCGGCAGGGGAGGCUUCGGACGCGUCUACAAAGGCCUCAUCCGCAACGUGCCUGUCGCAAUCAAGAGGCUCAACUCCACCUCCAGGCAAGGCACUCGCGAGUUCCUCACCGAGAUCGACGUGCUCUUCAAGCUUGGCCACCUCCACCUAGUUUCCCUCGUCGGCUACUGCGGCGACGAUGGCGAGAUGAUCCUGGUGUACGACUAUAUGGCACACGGCAGCCUCCGCGACCACCUCUACAACUCCGAAAAGUCACCCUUGACGUGGAAGCAGCGCCUCCAGAUCUGCGUGGGCGCCGCCAAGGGGCUGGACUACCUCCACAGCAGUGGCACCAUCAUCCACCGCGACGUCAAGUCCAGUAACAUCCUUCUCGAUGAGAAUUGGGUGGCCAAGGUGUCGGACUUCGGCCUCUCCAAAAUGGCCAAGUCCACACACGUUAGCACGGUCGUCAAAGGCAGCUUGGGUUAUGUUGACCCAGAGUACUACCGCCGGAAACAGCUGACGUUGAAAUCCGAUGUGUACUCGUUCGGGGUGGUUUUGCUGGAAGUCUUAUGUGCAAGGCCGCCGAUAAUCGCAACAUUACCAAGAGAGCAAGUGAAUUUAGCAGAGUGGGCUGCAUUUUGCUAUGGGAAAGGGACAGUUGAUCAGAUUGUGGAUUCCAAUCUCAAGGGCCAGAUUGCAGCUGAAUGCUUGAGCAGUUUUACAGAAAUAGCCGUAGCAUGCCUCGUGGAGAAGGGGAUUGAUCGGCCAUCGAUGAACGACAUUGUUAGGAAAUUGGAGUUUGUAAUGCAGCUCCAAGUGAAUGGAGGUGCACAGCCGUUGAUUGGGAUUAGCGCGAGUAACGCGACGGACGAGGACACGUGUUCUAGAUCGAAGAGCAGCGAAUUCCAGCAGCAGUGAAAAACUCAACCUGUUAGGCUGCUGAAUAAUUUCUCUAAGAUGGAGUAUUUCAUUUUUAUUUUUACUAUAAUCAUAUUUUAGGGCAUGAGAUAAGGUAGUUAGCAUGUGGCCUGACCCUACAUAGAAGACAAUAUACUAUAGAUAUUUUUAAUUUGUAUUGUGGAAAAGAUUAUCAAUAUAAACGAACCACAUUAUUUUAAGAA